GUGGGUCUCGUGACCGGAAGGGGGCGCGCGAGAGGCGGAAGUGAAAGCGGGGAGGGUGUUUGGCCCCAUUAAAGCGGAGCCGAAAGGAGCGGGGAAGAGGUGGCAGCGAGUCGGGGAAGAGGCAGUGCAGCAGCGGCGUUCGUCUUGUCUCGUACGCAAGUGCACUUGAAUUCUUCAUCUGAACUCCUAAACAAUGACUUCUAGGAAGAAAGUGUUACUCAAAGUCAUCAUCCUUGGAGAUUCAGGGGUAGGAAAGACCUCUCUUAUGAACCAGUAUGUGAACAAGAAAUUCAGCAAUCAGUACAAAGCUACAAUAGGAGCGGACUUUCUGACAAAGGAAGUGAUGGUAGAUGAUAGGCUAGUCACAAUGCAGAUAUGGGAUACAGCAGGGCAAGAACGGUUUCAGUCCCUGGGAGUUGCCUUCUACAGAGGAGCAGACUGCUGCGUGCUGGUGUUUGACGUAACGGCCCCAAACACAUUCAAAACUCUUGACAGCUGGCGAGACGAGUUCCUCAUUCAAGCCAGUCCACGGGAUCCUGAGAACUUUCCAUUUGUUGUGCUGGGAAACAAGAUUGACCUAGAAAACAGACAAGUUACUACAAAACGAGCACAGGCCUGGUGCUACAGCAAAAACAAUAUUCCUUACUUUGAAACCAGUGCCAAGGAGGCCAUUAACGUGGAACAAGCUUUCCAGACAAUUGCACGAAAUGCACUUAAACAGGAAACCGAAGUGGAGCUUUACAAUGAAUUUCCUGAACCUAUCAAACUAGACAAGAAUGACCGACCAAAGGCCUCUGCGGAGAGCUGCAGCUGCUGAGGUGGGGCUGGAGGGGUUGAGCACAGUCCUUCACAAACAGAUAUCACACUUUAGGCCUUCAAACACACAGCCCCUCUCUUCUGUGUAAAAAGAAACAAGAGAUCCCAUUUCAGUGGCCAAAAUCACUCAUCUACCAUGAGCGACUUGUAAGCCCAUUUCUCUACACGAUUCCCCUUCAAUGUCCCUGCAUCCCAUCGCAUUAUUUCAUGGUAGCAGACCUUUCUUCUCUAGUUUAAAAAGGAAACUCUUAUGUAUGUUUGGAACUUAAGCUACUUCCGGGUGUCAGUGGAAGACUGUGUACAGAUAAUCUGUAACAACUUACCUUUAAUUGUCUUGUGUUUCCCCUGUGAAGGCUGCAACUGGAAAGGCUGAUUACCCAUAGUUCAUUGCAAGCUCAGCACUCAGUCCAUCUGGGUUGAGUUUUGUAUGUAUCUGUUAAUGCUUGUUACUUUUAACUAAUCAGAUCUUUUUACAGUACCCACGUAUUAUGUAAUGGCUUCUCUAGGAAAAAUCUUAUAGUACAUGUUAAUAUAUGCAACCAAUUAAAAUGUAUAAAUUAGUGUAAAAUUCUUUAAUUACAUGUUUAAGUACUGAAACACAGGUUGUUUAGGAAAUGAACAGGACACUUGUGGAAUGCAUUGUGCUAGCAACACAAGUCCAGAUAGAGGCAGUAUUCUGUACAGUAGAAGCAAGAAUUAUGUAAACACUUUUAUUGAUUUUUAAGAGCCAAAAAGCUUCAUCUCCUGGAAAAAACAUUGUCUGGCUUCUUGUAGCUAAAACUCUUCAGAGGAUUUGCAAAACCAUGCACACUGGAUUAUUGGAUUUCAAAAAUUAAAUACAGCUUUCAGAAUUCUUUGCCUUCUACCCCUUCAUGAUUAUUUCUGCAAAAAUAAAGAGGAAUCUAACAUGAGAUGUCUGACUUCUGUAGAACAAGCUCCAUCUGGGUUGUGAUAGUCCAUCUUGAUAAAUGGCAAAAAACAUCCCCUUUUCCUUUCUCUAUCUUUACUGUUUGGAUUUUUUGGAAUGGAAAACUGGCAACUUUGUUCUGCCCUCUUGUUCUUGCAUUUGUUGCUUUCUUAAAUAGAGCACUUCUACUGUUCCACCCCGCCAGAGGUCUACAUUCUAGUACAUAGGCAGAGCUCUUCUGUAAAGAAACAUGCCAAUAAACUUAACAAGAACAAAACUUGUUGCUUGUCUCCUUACUGAAACUGGGAGUGUCUGAGCUGCUGUUAAUCCACUUUUGUCCAGUGACAAUCCAUGCAGUUUUUCUAACUACUGUCACCUGGUCUGGAGGGGAUAACUGCUUGCCAAGGGAAAAGGUAGGUUUAGAAGUACUAAGAUCAAACUACCCCUUGCAAUCUGAAGAAGCAUCUGUUUCUUGAAGCUUAACCAUGUUAUGCAUUUAAUGGCACUACACAUACUGGGAGAAAAGAUUGUAAUGGCAGUUGGGCAAAAUAGCAGAACUACAUUUUGAUAAAGCUCUAGUAGCCUCUUAGUUGCUAAAAAUAGUGGUACAUAUGCUGGUAACCUCCAGGCUUGAUUACUGUAAGGUGCUCUGUGGGGCUGCCUUUGUACAUAGUGCGGAAGCUACAAUUGGUACAGAAUGCGGCAGCCAGACUGGUCUCUGGGACAACACGAAGGGACCACAUAACACUGUUUAAAAGAACUGCACUAGCUGCCAAUAUGUUUCUGGGUGAAAUACAAAGUGCUGGUUAUUACCUAUAAAGCCCUUAAUGGCUUGGGUCCAGGCUAUUUGAGAGAGCGUCUCUUGUCAUAAUCCCUGCCUCCUGCUCCGGUCUUCUGGAGAGAUGCAGUUGCCACUGGCUCAUUUGGUGGCGACCCAGGACCAGGCUUUUUCUAUGGCUGCCCCAGAGCUCUGGAAUAAGCUUCCUGCUGAAAUAAGUGCGUCUCCUUCUCUUUCUGUUUUUCCAGGAAGAACCUCAAGACCUGCCUGUUCUCUCAGGCUUUUAAUUAGAAUUUUAAAAAACUUGUUUUAAUUUUAUUCUAUUGGUUUUUAUUUGUCAUGUAUUUUAAUUUGUGACUUUUAAAUAUUUUAAAUCUUGUACACUGCCUAGAGAUAUACAUAUUGAGUGGUAUACAAAAUAUGAUAGAUAAAUAAAAAUAGUGCAUAGCUGAUGCUUUUUGAGUUUGUAAGAUGGGGCACAGCUAAUGUGGCUUGUUGCAGUUACUCUUCCUUGGCUAAACAAUGCAUGACUAAUGGUUGAAUCCUUUGGGGAUAGCUGUGACUCCCUCAGAAUUAUCUUUAGAUCUUCCUCAGAAGAACACCUGAUAGCGCAUUAAUCUUAGAAACUGAAGCUGCUAGCAUAAAUGGCUUGUCUACUAAUGUUCAGAGUACAUCAAGAGCCACUGGAGACUAGAAAUACUGAAUGCUCCUGUCUGUACUGCACUGGUGGUAGAGAACACAAAUCUUCUCUCACAGAGAGGCAGUAGACCUUAAAAUGGCAGAGGUAGCUUGUUGCAAGUCAUCUCAAGCAACAGUGGACAAUACAUUGCCCUGCCACCUGGGCAAGCCUGCUGCUAUAAUGAACCUCACUGGCCCUGCCACAGCAUAAAGGGAUUGUGUCGCCGUGAAGCCUGUAGCUCUCUAGCUGACAUAGCUCCUUGCUAAAGGCUGUGGGCACCCACCAAGUGCAUUGUCUUGCUGCCACUGUGGCACCAGCUUGCUAAUGAGCUCCCUCAUCUGCCUCCACCAAAUAUGUCUCCUUCCAAAAUGGAGGACAAAUUUGGGAGUGGAGGGUGGAAUCAUGUGUGCACAGAAGUGCAAGUGAAUGAACUGACCCAAUAGUGAUACUACUGAGUGAAGGUGGAUUCUCACUGCCUGAUCCAGCCAGUGCUGCUGCUUGGAGUCCCACAGUGUACAAUUGAGGGGACCUGCAAGCACUCUAGGGACACUACUAAUUUAGCAACUAAAGCACUAUCACAAAUAGUUUGGAUAACAAGAUACAGUGUCAUCUUUAUCUGCUGACUUCUUCAGUAGGUGAAGAUAGAUCACUUAUGCAUACCAGUCAUUUGUUCCUUAUAGCUUGUUCCUCCAAAGCUUUGCACUUUGAAAACCUUGUUGAAAAAGUAUUGUGCAAAUGCCCAUGGACAUCAUUUCCAUGCUCUACCAAGGAAGCAAGCACAGGGGCUUGGACUACAUCAUAACACUGGCUCUGGUCUACCCAGUUGUGCCUUCAAGUAGUAGUUCACAACACUAGGCCAAAGCACUGCUGCCUGUAUUCUUCCUAAACUCAAAAUGUGUGCAGAAUGGCAACUUGCAUGGAAGUGCUAGAUGUAGCAAAAAAGGUGUGCUGAUUCAGCCUGAUGACUGUGAUUUAAGCACAUACUCUUCAAAGUGAUGUGGGAAGGAAGGGAGCUCCAACAUGCAGUCUUCUCUUCAUAGAGGAAAAGGGUCCAUGAUGUAGGGUGAAUUGUGUAUAGCAGGCAAAUUUGGCUUUGAGAAAAAUCUUGUUUAUAAGUGUAACUAGGGAGACAACAUACAGAGAACUGGAACAGGCAGGCAAAAGGUAGAUUGUGUUCUACCUAUGAUUGGCAGUGAUCUAUUUAUUUUCUAUGAUUUCUGUGUUAACCGGCAAUUUCUGACUCAGUUCAACAAUAGCAGCAAUAAAAAGAUGUUUUUCCUA